GUGGAAGCUAUUGGAUACUGAGUGAUCUCAAGGCCAUAUGUUUGACACGGGUGCAAGCCACUAGACUCCAGCGGGUGAUAUGUCUGAAGAUGUUGUCAUUAAUAAAACAGGAGUUUGGAGUUGAGUGCGGUGAAGUUGUCCAUAACACUAAAGAUGACAAGAGAGACGAGAGUGGACUUAAAGACUCUUAUACACAUGUGAUGGAAGAAUCUGGAUACAGUGUUGGCUUGGGCCACAUAAGCACAUAUGGAAACCCUCUGGAAAUCGAGGAAAUUGUAGACUUGUCACAGGAAGUCGAAUUUCAAGAGCAGGAGAGGAAGAAAUCCAGGUUUUAUGAUUUCGACAUGUUCGUACCUAUUAGCGAAAAACCCGUUGAGGGGUAUUUAGAUAACAUCCUGUAUUAUAUUCGUGAAGAUGGUGAACAGUUCGUAGCACUAUUCCCCCAUUCCUCAGUGUCAAAGAAAAUUCUGAGAAUAAGCUCGGAGUUCAACGUUGAUGUUGACCGUUCAGUUGGUGCCGUUUCUCGGGAAUUGAUGCUUUCGUUUCCUGCCACUUGCUCCUUUGAAUCGUUUUACAAACUGCCUUAUGUGGUGUUCCAAGCAAAGUUUGACACUUGCGAAGGGACAAUACUUAGCCCUCCUCCGUCUUUUGUGUCAGGAAAACUGACUGUAAAUGUUUUUCCAUAUAAGUCCACAAAUAUAAUGUCAGGAAUUCUAGCGGACAUACUGUUAUUAAAGGAUUUAUAUCUAGCGUACGAAUGCGAUGCACCAGUAUGGCUCCCGAACUCAGAGCUUAGUCCUGACCAGGUAAAGAUGGAGUUCCCCAUAAUUCUAAAUUCAAGUCAUUCACGUACAGUUAACCGAUCAAAUGCAAGUUCGCAUGCAAGUGAUGUUGAUGUUCUACGUUCUCGCCCAUUGGACACAUCUGAAGUAAUCUGGAACACAUUGAAAGGAUCACCAAAUAAACUCACUUUUAAAACGUGUAUUCAAAGCAUUUUUGAGUAUCUCAUGGAGAAUCGUGAACUGGUUUAUCUUGAUAGUGACAAUCAGACUCAACUUGCUUGCAAAAUACGUGAAUUGCGUGAUUGUUCAGACUUACAUGGUCACGAUUUGUAUGUUCUUUACAACUUACGAAUUGAAGUUCUAAUAGAAAUUGGCCUACAUAAACUGACGAAUGAUUGCAUUUAUUUGCUUGAACGUGUUAUUCCAGAUUCAUCAGCACUUUUGGAAAUUGGCAAAAAACAUGGGUGGAGCUUAGAAAGUCAGUGGGAAAGACUACACUAUCUUUGUAAAUCUGUUUCUUUAUCUUUCCAACUUGCAAAAGUUGUAUCAAAAGCAUAUGUAAUUACAGAAUUAAGAAAAAUUCUAUCUCAAAAACCGCCUAGAAGUGAAUGGCGAUCGGCAUUGUUUGAGUCAGAUGCUAAACCAUUUCAAAUAGUUCAUAGUUUUUCUGUGCCUGUAUGCGGAUUAGUUUUGUCACUAUCAAUGGUUCCACCAGAACUUUGGAUAAUGCGUAUAGAGGCUGAAAAGCCUACUCCAACGUCAAUACGCAUUGUGUAUGAAAUGACUCAACAGAAUGACUCGGUAAAGUAUGCAUGCCACAAACUGCGCAUGGUUCAGAGUUAUUGGCCGAAUAUGUUAUAGAAGCCUUCUGAAUUCUUUUUUCAUGAAUCGAUUGCCGUUUCCGACUACAAUCUAAAAUACUUGGCCCCUUUACUUACGCAUAUUAUGUGAAAAAAAAGUUGGCUUCAAGUGUAUUUUAAACUUUGACAAAGUAUUUCAUCUUCUUGUAAAUAUUGCAACAAGUUGAAGUGAAAUUUGUUGAGUCUAUGUGUUACCACUUGGCUUUUAAAUUUUGAUGAGUAUAUAUAUCUAUUCAUAAUUUUCUAAACACAACGAAUAUAUUUUAUCGCUUUUUCAUAAA